GAAAGGACCCAAGCGGAUCGGGUCCGAACUGCAAGAGCAGUUGGAGACCGACGAUCUCUGGUACUACGCGAUCGCCAACGCGGGCGUCCAGACCAUCCUGCAGAGGUUGAGGGACACACCCUUGACCUUCGAGACCCUCGGCAUCUCCUACUUUGGGAACGACCUCACGGAAGGGAGGAUCCGCCCGGAGGUUCGAGCUGCCUGGUUUGAGCUGAUGGACCUGGUGGAGGAGAAGGCCCAAAAGGUGGUCUUCGUUGUGGGGGGCAGCUCCAA